AUGCUGUACGUCCUGGAGCAGCGCCUUAAAGCCCAGGGCGUAUCCACGGCGAAGACGGCGCGCGUGAUGCAGGACGUCGUGGCGACCAUGUUUGACCGCGGAUUCCUGGAGCAGCGGCUGUUCGUGCCCCAGGACACGUACUCCAUGGCAAGCACGAAGAAAAUAUUUGAACGGCUGGCGCACUCCUCCAUCAUGAGGCUCAGCGAGGCCAGCAUGGACAAGCUGUUUGACCUCAUGGUCACGCAGCGCCACCUGCGCAACAUAAGGCAGAUGGUCGCUGCCGCCGUCGCCACGCCCUGCGUGGACCUCGUGGCGAGGGCGGAGGAGCUGGCGCGGUCGCUGUAUGGCCGGCUGUCUGGGGGGCAGCUGGCGCUGAUGCGGCAGUCGCUGAUGAGGUUCUUUCAGGACAAGCGCGUCCGGGUCUCCCUGUUCCUGUCCGAAGGCAUCCAGGCGCCCGACGGCCGCAUCGUGCUGCCCACAUGCACCGCCUGCGACGCGGGCCGGGUGGAUCCAAACGAGUUCUUUUGUCACCCGGUGCCGCUGGGUGACAACCUGUACCUGAAGGACCGCCCCCGAGUGACGCCGCCACCUAGGAGCCACGACCGCAAAACGCAGGGGGCUGAGGGCGGCGGCGGCGGGGGGGGAGGCGAGGCGGCGGAGCGGCGGGGCGAGCGGUCUGCGCGGCCGACCGCGGACGACGAGGCGGCGGGCGAGGAGGCGGAUGCUGGCCGGCAGGCGGUGCGGGAGCUGGACCUGCUGGCCGGGAUUUUGGGGGGCGGCAGGGGGCGCGGCGGCGGCGGCGCGGCCAGGGGCGCCGGCGGUGUGCCUGCGGCGGCCGAAGACAACUUCCGUCUCAACUUGUUUGGCGAGGGGCCCGCUGGCUUUGACGAAGACGAAGACGGCGGUGGCGGCGCAGGGGGAGGCAAGUCGGCAGGAAAGGGCGGCGCGGCGGGGGCCGCGGCGCGCGUGCAGGAGCUCGAGUUUGGGCCGGGGCGGCACGCGGAUUACAGAAAGGGGUUGGAGGGGCUGUCGCUGGACGGGGGCGGGGCCACCAUGAGGGCGGGGCAGGACCUCCUAGAGCUGAUGGACCUGGCGGCGGGAGAAUAG